AUGGCGACCGCGGAGGUCCAGGCGGCCGUCCAGGCGGCCCUGGGCGCCAACGGCGCGGAGGCGCUGGUGGGCGGGCUGCUGAGCGCGGACGGCGAGGCGCGGGGCCGGUCGGAGAGGGUGCUGGAGGCGAUGCGGGAGGCCCACCCGAACGAGUGCGUGGCGGGGCUAACGCGCGUGCUGCGGCGGGGCGACGGCGCGGUGGAGAGGGCGCUGUGUGCCAUGCUGCUCAGGAAGAUUCUGACGAAGGGCCAGCCGCCGGUGUGGCCCAACCUGACGGAGGCGUCGCAGCAAAUGGUGAAAGCAGAGCUGCUGAAUGUGAUGCACGAGGAGACGGAUCGGAAUACUCUGCGACAAACUGGCGAUCUCAUCGCACAGCUCAUUUCCAAGGUGCUUGGCUAUGAGGCCUGGCCAGAAGUGAUACCCUUCCUCACCCAGAGCAUUGGCUCAGGCGUAGUCCUCAAUGUGGAAAUGGCCCUCCUGAUGCUGGCCGAAAUGGCGGAGGGCAUCAAGGAUGCCAUUGCACCGAGUCUGGACCAGUACUGUGGGGCCUUGGGGACGUGCAUGGCACGUCCAGAACCCACUGUGAAGCUGGCAGCCCUUAAGGCACUGAAGGCCUUGAUCGUGGCAUUCCACGAUGAGGAUGAGCUUGCAAAGUUCCAGGCUGCAGCCCCGGCACUCCUGAAGAUUCCAGAAGCUGUUCGGCAAGAGGGUGACAAGGAAUCGGGAAAGCAGGCCUACUCAGAGCUCAUCGAACUUGCUGAAGAGUGCCCCAAUUUCUGGCUCCCCAGCCUGGAUAGCACUGUCCAAGCAAUGAUCCAAAGUGCACAGGCACCCAGCACACCCCUUGAUGACCGCAUCCUAGCCAUCGAGUUUUUGUUGGCUGUCAUCGAGGCCAUUGAUGGGGAUGACGGCACCCGAGCUCUGCAAGGCGUGUUGGCGGCGCUGCUAGCCAUCCUCUUCGAAUUCAUGCUCGACGUGGAGGACAAUGCUCAAUGGCACUUGGCCGACGAUGAAGAGCAUCAAGACGAGGGCCAUGGCGACCAUUUCAUGUUUGGUGAGAUUGCCAUCGAUCGACUUGCACAUCUGGUUGGGGGAGCAGCGAUGCUGCCCAUCACAGGCCAGAUGGUCCCAGUAUGGCUUGGGGAUCAGGACUGGAAGAAACGCCAUGCAGUGUUCACAUGCAUUGGCCAGAUGGCUGAAGGCUGCAGCGAUGACCUCCCAGAGCAGCUUGGCAGCCUGGUGUCCAUCUGCGUUCAGGGCUGCCAGGAUUCCCACCCCAAGGUGAGGUGGUCUGCCUGUCAGGCCAUGGGACUGCUGGCAUCCGAGGUCGGGGAGCAUCUGACAGUCCCACAGUUCCAGACCCUCCUGUCUGCCCUCCACCCUCUAUUCAAGGACAAGUCCAGCCCACGGGUUCAGGCCCAUGCGGUGCUGUGCAUGGUCGACUUCGUCCAGGAGUGCAAGCUGGAGGUUGUGCAGCCUGCCUUGGACAAUGUCGUGGCCGCCGUGUUGGAGGUGAUGCCGGGAUCUCCUUACCUUGUGAGGGACGCGGCGCUGAAGUUCUUGAGCAGUGCUGCAGGGGAGGUGGAGGCGCCAGAUUUCGCAAAGUACUACACUGCAGUGAUGGGGGCGAUCCACACCACAAUGGGCAUGGCCACAGAUGAAAAGUCACCUGCUCUGUUUGCCCAGAUGCUGCAUGCAAUGGCCAAGGUUGGGCAGGCCUCUGGUGCUUCCUGCUUCAGUCCAGACUGUCCAAAGCUGAUGGCCUACUACAAGGACAUAGUACAAGGCAACGUUCAGAGUGCUGAUUCCGACAAAGACAAGAGGGACGUGUUUGCGGUGCUGCACGAGGUCGCCUCAAUAGUGUGCGAAUGCAUGGGCCCUGCCUUCCAGGAGUGCGUGCCCCUGGUCAUGCCAUCGCUGAUGGAGGCUGUGAAGCUUCAGCCACACGUCAAGAUGUUGGACCCUGAGGAGGGCAUGUCCGGUGAGGAAGACGAGGGACUUGAAAUCGUCGAGAUGGGUGGCAAGAUUAUGGCGGUGGAUGCUGACCUCCUUGACUACAAGGCUGAUGCCAUCGGCACGAUCACAGCACUCGCCAAUGUGCUCAAGGAGGACUUCAUCACGAAUGUGACACAAGUCGUUGAGCACGUCACGCCUCUUGUGAAUGAGUGCAAACAUGUGGAGGUGUGCCAAGCUGCCAUUGAGCAGCAGCCCGCGCUGCUGGCAUGUGCGCUGGCAGCCUCCUGCAAGUCUUCAGGCACAGGUGGCCCAGACGCUUCCUUCGUACAGGGCCUCCUGGGGGUCCAGUGGCCAGCACUGGUGCAGCACCUCGCAGAUUCCGAAAAGCCAGACUUCGAGGCAACAGCACCCUAUGCCCUGGAGGCACUAGGCAAGAUCAUCGAGCUGCUGGGGCCGCUGAAUAACGACGAGAUGAUUGGGAAGGCAGUUGACCGGGUCAAACCUGUGCUGGAGCGCUUUGACACCCUGCGGCAAAAUCGCAUGCAGGCAAAGGAAGAAGACCUAGAUGCAGAAGAAUCAGAGGACGUGGAAGACGAGCUUGAGUUGGAGGUUGCUCUGUAUGACAAACUGGAGACAUUUGUGAGCAGUGUUUUGAAAACACUCUCCGACCGUGCCAGUGCAUGGGUAGAGACCAUCCUGCCCCACCUCACACCGCUGUUGGACAGGCGCCAGCGGCCGGAGCUGCAGCAGAUGGUGGUGGUCCUCACAACCGACGUGUGUGAGUUCGCCCCUGCCACUGCCCAGAAGUAUGUGAUGCAGCUGCUGCCCAUCUACCUGGAGGGCUGCUCCAGCGACCACCCUGGACUUCGGCAGUGUGCUGCCUUUGGCGUUGGUGUCCUUGCUCAGAAACAUGCGGAGGUGUUCAAGCCCGCAGCAGCCCAGACCCUUGCAAAGCUGAUGGAGGUAGUCAACCGCCCUGAGGCGCAUAGUGAGGAGUUCCAGAGUGCCACAGACAACGUCAUCUCUGCCAUUGGAAAGAUCAUCGAGCACCAUUCCGAUGUUGUGGACGCCCGGCUGACGGCCAGCACCUGGCUCCAGUUCCUUCCCCUUAAGAGUGACGUUGCAGAGGCCAUCACCGUGCAUGAGCAGCUCAUCAGGAUGAUCGAGAAAAGGGACGUGAAGGUCCUUGGGGAAGCCAACCAGAACCUGCCUCAG